AUGUUGAAGCCAUUUCAGAUCAGAGAUCUUCACGUGCCUCUUGUUGAGGAGAAUCUCUACGAUUCUUCAACAGAGAGUGCUGUCUCGGAGCCUCCUGAUAGGUCCUCCCGCCAUGGAAUCAUCCAGCUCUCAGCUCCUGAAUAUGAUGAGAUAGCUUCGAACCAUCCCAGGGCGAGACUGACUUAUAUGGAUGAUGACGAUGGGGAGAUAAUUACUGUUGGGUCCUCCUUCGAGCUUGCCCAACGCCUAGACGAUCCCAUCGAUAUCUCGACACUUUCUCCCUCGUCCCAGUCUCGAGAUGACGCGACCCCCAUGCAUGUUUUUGACAUCCGACGGUCAAACUCUGUCACGGAGCUGUGGAAGAAUAUUGAGAGGAGAUCUGCAAUGCUCCGAGCUUCCGCUGAGGCCCCGGAGCCACAGAAGUCAUCCAAUGCCGUUGAGGGACAUGCUGCGGAAUCCGGUGCGCAGAACUUGGAAGGGAAUGGUCCCUCGAACCAGCAGGACGAGCCACAGCCACUCCUUGCAGCAUUUGAGGCUGAAAUGGCCAAGAUUAUGGAAUCGUCCGCUGCUCAAACUGGAGAAGAGUCAUCUCCAAAUCCGCCUACAGAUGCUCCUGAAGAUCGUCCUGCAGAUUCGAACUCUAGCCAUCAUCCAAGGCCAGGUGAGGUUCUGACGCAAGCUUUGCAGAACCUCGCUGGUGGAGUGGAAUCUCUUGGUUCAGAGCUGAAGUCGAGAAUACCAGAACUCGAGCGCCGCCUCUCGUAUGCUCAACGCGUCUUCCCCGAACAUGUCGGUCCUACUUUCCAAGCUGCUCUUACAACUCUUGAUAGCCACGUCAAGAACUUGGCGAAUAUUGUUCAUGAUGCAUCCAUUGCAACAGGACAUGCAGCAGACAGGGUUCGCCAGGCGGAGCUUCGAUCAGCCGAACAAGUGGUCGACGGUCUGGGCAAGAUGGUCGGAGAGGUUGGUCAAAUUGGUAGGACUCUGUUCGCAGCGUUUGAGGCGGAAUUCGGACGACGGAGUUCCAGUACUCAAACCGAAACUCCAAAUCAAGCGACAACUUCCACAUCGCAAGAAGAGCAGCGGCAAGGAGCCCCUAUUGAUGAGAAGAAAGAACCAGCAGCGGAUGCCACCUCAUCUGCCACUGCUGGCUGCGCGACUACUGCGCACUCGGACGUUGAUUCUGGCACAGGUACAAGCAGCAAGUUAGCUUCGCCUGAUCCAUCGAAGCAAACUGGCGCUUCAUCCCAGUUGUCAGACGUGAUUCCAGAGAAUCAGACGCCCGUCCCCGCUCCGCCGCCUCCUGAGACUCGCCCACUUCCGAUCAGGACAUGCACCUGGCCAAACCGAUCUGCUCAAGUACCUCCUGUCCCUCCUUCCCCUACUCACGAACCUACACUUAAUAACCAUGUCGAACGUUCUCCGCAAGAGCCCACAUCGCAAAAUAGCCACGAUGGCGCUGUCCAAAGCCAGCCCAGCUCCGAAUCCUCGAAGGCUGUAAAAGACUCUCUCUUCAUUGGCAAUGUGGGAUUCAACGUGACGGAGAAGAUGAUAGAAGAUGUGUUUGCAUCUAAAGGCUUUUUGGCCAAGGUUCAUCUGCCAACCGAUUGCGUGACAGGGAAACAUGCAGGCUUUGGUUAUGCUCACUUCCGGUCGACCCAUUCGGCAAGAGCAGCACUGGAAGCUCUUCAGGGAGCCCACAUUGAUGGUCACUCCAUUAAUCUCGAAUUUAGCGACAACUCCCCUAUCGACACUUUGCAGUCUCCAGAACACGUUUCUGAUGGAGGACCAAAGCCUCCUACAGCUUCUGCGGAGGGGCCUUCCUCUUCUCAGCGACUGCGCCACCGCCAGUCAUGGCAUCCGGCCAGCCAGAGAACCGAGCAAAUUGACUCAAGACGCGUCUCGUUUAUGGAUAGACUAAAUGCUGUCUCACCUCGUCCGGCAACAUCGAGCAAGGACGGACAGCCAGGAAUUCAUAAUGAUGAUCCUGGCGCGCUUCUUGAUCAAUCAGAGGAGAGCGCUGAAUUUGCUGCCCGCUACCCAUCUCUCCUGCCUAGUAGCGACGCGCAGUCAUCAACAGCUGCUUCACCAGAUCGUCUUCUGACGCUGAGUCCAAACUCGGAAAUGGCGCGCUUUCCACCGGUUUCACAGCUGGACGCACAUAUUCUUGCUAGUCAAUACCGGUUUGCGCGUCCCAAGCCCUCAGCUGACAGUCGAGUCGAUGACAAUAAAGACCGUCAACCUUUUUCCCAACCCCGGCCAGAGAACGUGUCCGUAACAUCCGUUCAGGAAAGGCAGCAAGCUUCCGAGCAGCCACGCGUUCCCAUGGAAUCUCGUCCUGAAACUCAAGGGCUUCAGACAGACACCCCUUACCAACAUGGCCGAGGUCGGCUACGUCGGUCGCGUCCGAUGAUGCCUGCGGCACCAUCCGCAAGACUUACUAGUCCAUUCAAUCCCCUCGUUCCUCACAUGGCACCCGCUAGGCCUCUAAGACGUAGCGCCACGGAGGUUCACUCACUCCGUAAUCGUACACGCGAAAACCCGACGGCCACGCGCCCAUUGAGCUUCUUCGAGCGAGAACAAGAUCGGGCUAUUCCAGGGAGCUUUCCGGCUGACGAGCCCGCGCCGGUAGCAAGCGGUGAAUUCGCGUCAGACAGAGACAUGCAGAUUGCUAUCAAGCAGAGCAUUAUUGACAAUUGUGUGGAUACGUUGGUUUCUCUCGGUUACGGCACCGAACUGGAUGGAGGACGGCAAAGGCUUCGCGUAUAUGCUGAGGCUGUUGGAGGCAAAGUUGCCGAUGCUAUUGAUAUGAUUGAGGAAGAUAGAGCAGCGUAUGCACGACAUGACUCUAUUAUGGUAUUUGCUAGGAUAAUAGCUGAUGCAUGUGCCUUUGAGAUCACGGCUAUUCCCGUUAGGGCUAAAAAGGUCACGGACUCACGUCAUUCGCGGAGCCGAAAAGAAUACCGCAGCUCAACGCGAUCUCAAUUCUCUGCAGAUUCAACGUUGGAACAGCACACAUUCGUUUAUCGGGGCACGAUCCCCUUCAUACGAGCAAUGCGGACAUGGCGGCGGGGCUUUGCGACAUCUAUUCGGAGGCUUAGCCAGCAGACCAUUGCGGCUCGUCCAACUCUACGAUGUGCGGAGCUCCUCGAGUCGUCCCGGAAGGACGGCGCGUGCAGCCUCGAGAAUAAAGAGGUUACAGUGCAGGGCUUCAUCCGGUCUGUCAGGAAACAGAAGCGCUUUGCGUUCGCGGAGAUAUCGGACGGCUCGACGAUUCAGACUCUGCAGGCUAUUCUGACUCCCGAUCAGGCGGCUGACUUGACGACGGGGGCAGCUGUCGAGAUCUCCGGUCUGUGGAAAGCCUGUCCUCCGGGCAAAGAGCAAAGCCAUGAGCUCCAAACUACGGAGGUGAAAGUAGUCGGCGAGGCUGACCCUGGGACAUAUCCUAUCCAGAAGAAAUACCAUACCCCCGAUUUCCUACGACAGAUUCCUCAUCUCCGCUUGAGGACGCCCUUCAACUCGCUGCUCUCGCGGUUCCGUUCAGAGUGUAUAUAUCAAGUGGGACAAGUGUUUAGGUCGCAUCCCAGCGGGUCAUUUGUGCAGGUGCAGCCGCCAUUGAUCACGUCGUCGGAUUGCGAGGGAGCGGGGGAGACAUUUACAGUGAUCCCGCAGUCAUUAGCAACGACAUCGAGUCCUGAAACGGAACAUUUCUUUCGCUCACCGAAAUAUCUGACCGUCUCUUCACAGCUUCAUCUUGAGGCGUAUGCUGCGGAGUUGGGGAAGGUCUGGACCCUGUCGCCGACUUUCAGAGCCGAGAAGAGCGACACUCCACGUCAUUUGAGUGAAUUUUACAUGCUCGAGGCGGAGGUGAAUUUCAUACGUGAUUUAGAUUCUCUUACGGAUCUGGUCGAGGACCUGAUCCGCGAUUUGACGCGCCGGCUGUACGACACGCCUGUUGGCCAGGAGGUUUUGUCGGCCAAAAGAACGGGCGAAUCCGGGCAAGAAGAUGGCACCGACGCUGGUCUGCGUCAGAGGUGGACUGGUUUGAUGGAGGGUCCUAGGUGGCCGCGGAUCACGUACACGCGUGCAAUCGAGCUCCUCGAAGACGCGGUCGCAAACCAUGGUGUUUCGUUCAACUUCAAGCCCUCAUGGUCUGAGGGCCUGCAGCUGGAGCAUGAGAAGUACAUCGUGGACAACAUUUUCAACGGCAGCCCGGUAUUUGUGACGGACUAUCCGAAGAGCGUGAAGCCGUUUUACAUGGCACCUUCCGAGAAUUUGGGCGACAACGUGCCGCCGGAAAAGGCCACGGUGGCGUGCUUUGACCUGCUGCUGCCAGUGAUCAGCGAGGUGGUCGGGGGCUCACUUCGCGAGCAUCGUCUGCCGAACCUGAUUCAGAACAUGCGAGAGCAUGGCCUGAUCAAGAAAGUGGCCGAUGAUGCGCGUGCCGACGCGGCGGAGCCUUCGUAUCCGCACCUGCUGCCGAACGAAGACCUGGGCCAUCUUCGAUGGUACUUCUUGUCUGUGUUAAAGGAAUAA